CGUGACAUUGACGAGAGCAAAAUGAAGAUCUAUUCGGAUUGGAAUGCGUGGAUCCUCCUCGCUACUAGCAUGAACUUUCUGUGUCGCAAUACAAUUCAGAUUGAAGGACUAUCAACAUGGUUCUAGGACGAAAACGGCGCCUGGCAACAGGUGCCGUUUUUGGUGCUGUUUUGGCGUAUGCCCAGUCUGCGCCACCAGCGACCGCGACGGAGGUGCGCACAGAAAGAUUGGUCGAAACCAUCAAUGACACAGCGAAGCAGACUAGGUCUUUAACUAUGAUGAGUCAUGGUACUACAUCAAGAGGUUUUUUUAACUUAUUCUUUUCAACAUAGGGCUAGUGGAACUUGAACUUCCAUAUUUAGAAGCGACUUUCUUACUGCUUCUUGAAUAGUUUUCCUAUAGCUCGUCUCUACAGAAAUCAAACCACUUUCCACUUCCACCGCCACUCCAGGUCCAUGCUCCAAUCGCUCCUACUCGCGAAUUCGCAGAGUAUGUUUUCCGUCUCCAAUAUGCAGAAGGCAUUGGCAGGUAUGCGCAAGCAGCUAGCUUUGCACGACAAAAAUCUCGCUAAGUGCGAGUCUGAACUCUCAGAGUUCAAAUCUGCGACUAAAUACAGCCAGCAGACUUGGGCUGCGCAGCACCAAAUCAACACUGUCGAUGAAGCGGCAUUGCUGCAGACGGGUCAGUCGAUGGGAGAGGGGGACAUUUAAGGCCUGUAUGUACUAGAUGUAAGGUAUUGUUCUCACGUCAUCAUGCUAAAAAUGUCCUUAUCUUCUGAUGCUAUGAAAACAGCCUUCCUCCCUAACCUAACGCCUAUACUCCGAUGAUGAUGCUGCUCUCUCUAACCCCCGGCUUCCUUCGUCUCUACCAUGGAGCAAUCGUUGAAAAAGGAGAUGGCCUCUUUGCAGAGAAACCGCGUCGAUCUCGUCUCCAGUUGGAGAACGGUCGCUGGUAGUGGUCACAAUUCGCUGAUUCAGGACUGGAAGAUGAAGAAGGCAGCUUCCUUGUUGCAGAAGUUAUGAUGAACGUUCAUGGUCCUGUCGCACGUCCUCUGUAAGGUGUAAACUAGUACUAGUACUAGUGCUUUUGAAGCAAUUUCCAAUUAUCUCCAUGCAGUUUUAGUUUUACAGGUUGAAACCGAUUUCAUAGUAAAAAUAGAUCGUCACAUCUUUCUCCUGACUUCAAAUGUGGUGAAGAUGUUUAGCAACUCGCUUGUCGGUCUCAUCCAUCCUUUCAUACCCCAAAGCUGCGGUGGUACACGCUGGCGGAUCCAACGGUGUGCCGGUUAUGACAGCAGCCGAGCGCAUGGCUGAGCAUGCGGCUUUCGUCAACGGGGAUGACGAGUAGAUGAAGUCAAUGUAGUACGAGUAGAUGAAGUUAGUGUAGUAUGGAGUCAUCAUGUGAAGUAUUAGAACUUUUGUUUUCCGAGUGCUGUUAGAAAGAGAUCGAUAUUUUGUUUUCAAAGUAAAAGAGGAAGGAAAAGACCUUAGACAUUGAACGAACGACUUCCGAGAGUUGCGCAGGUGAUGUACUAAUUUGACAUCAGAGUUGCAGAGGAGAUGAGCUGAUGCACAGAUUGUGUUCUGGAAUACUGAACAAGGACUGUCUAUCACAGGUACUCGUUCAGAGAGUGAAAGAACAGGAGAGGUAGAAAGGGAAG